AUGAAUCAAAUCAAAGCAAUACAGGCCCUCAACAAAAAGGAAAUUGAGCAGGGAAUCUCCCCCGAAGCAUCAUGGCACGUCGACUACCGCGACACGGCCUUUAUCUACUUUGGCGGGCUCGACGACACGCUGUCCGAGGGCGACAUCAUCACCAUCUUUAGCCAGUACGGCGAGCCCGUGUUCCUCAAGCUGGUGCGCGACAAGGAGACGGGCAAGAGCAGGGGCUUCGGCUGGCUCAAGUACGAGGAUCAGCGCAGCACCGACCUGGCCGUCGACAACCUCGGCGGCGCCGUCAUCAAGGACCGCAUGAUGCGCGUCGACCAUGCGCGGUACAAGGGACGCGACGACGAGGACGACGACGAGUUUCGGGUCGGCUGGGAGGACAUGAUGAAGAAGGAGGGCAAGGUGCUCGAGGAGGAGGAGGAUGACGGGGGUGACGACGAGAAGGUCGCGAGACCCUUGUUGAAGGAGGAGAGGGAGCUGCAAAAGUUGCUUAUGGAGCAUGAUGACGACGACCCCAUGAAGGAGUUUUUGGUCGAGGAGAAAAAGAAGGAGGUCGAGGAGGCGUUGGCUAGGGAGCAGAAGAGGAGCAGCAGGCGAAAGGACAAAGAUGGCAGCAGGUCUUCGCGGCACCACCACCACCACAGAUCCUCGCGCAGACACGGGGAGGAGAGCGAUGACGAGGCAGGGUCGGACAGGAAACGGAGGAAACGGAGGGACGAGAGUCGUUCGCGGGAGAGGAGGCGGCGGGACGAUGACAAGGACAAGCACAGAGAUAGGGACAGUCGGCGACGGGACGAUUCCAAGGACCGGAGAAGGCGGGAGCGGGACGAUGAUGGCCGCCAUCGGAGUAGAGAUCACGGCCGAGAUGACAGUCGGGAUAAGGACAGGGAUAGGCAUGACCGGGAGCGGCAUAGGCGGCGGCACGAUAGUCGCGAGCGCCACGAGCGAAGGAAAGAGAGGCCAAGGAGUAGAUCGCCGAGGGAUUGA